AUGUCCGAUGCCAAGUAUUUUCAAAGAGGCAAAAUUCAGGAACUACGAGCCGAGCUCAACUCGGAAAAGCGCGAUCCAAAGCAUCAGCGCAAAAAGACAGUGAUGAAGAAAAUCGUAGCCAACAUGACCAUGGGCAAUGACAUGUCACCACUUUUCCCGGAUAUUCUCAAUGUCAUGAACGUUCCCAUUCUGGAAAUCAAGAAAAUGGUGUAUUUGUAUUUGAUUAAUUAUGCCAGAAGCAAGCCCGACAUGGCAAUGAUGGCCAUUACCAUGUUCAUCAAGGACGUGGAAGACCCUAACCCACUUAUUCGCGCACUAGCCAUUCGUACGAUGGGGUAUAUACAAGUGGAAAAGAUUGUCGAUUGUCUUGUGGAUCCCUUACGACAUUGUCUGCGAGAUCGCGAUCCCUAUGUUCGAAAGACAGCGGCGAUAUGUGUUGCUAAAUUAUACAUGUAUGACAAUGUCUUGGUCGAAAGCGAACGGUUUAUCGAUAUGCUCAGAGAUCUAUUAACGGACGCAAAUCCAACGGUUGUCGCCAACGCUGUAGCUGCUCUGACUGAAAUAUCCGAACGAUCUGACAACAUUCAGCUCAAGUUGAACCAUUCUAUUGCUAGCAAGCUUGCUGCAGCACUUAACGAAUGCUCAGAGUGGGGUCAAGCUUAUAUUUUGGAAGCCCUCAUGUACUAUGUUCCUCAAGAAGCCGGAGAUGCAGAAGUGCUUGCUGAGCGUAUUGCUCCUCGUCUUCAGCAUGCCAACUCCGCUGUUGUGCUUACUUGUGUCAAGGUGAUCAUGUAUUUGAUGAAUUAUAUGAAAAGCGAGAAUGAUAUCAGCGCCUUCUGUCGAAAACUGAGUCCUCCACUUGUGACCCUCUUGUCAUCCGGCCCUGAGGUUCAAUACGUCGCUUUACGCAAUAUCUUACUUGUGAUUCAACGGCGACCUGAAGUUCUGCGCAAUGAUAUGAAGGUGUUCUUUUGCAAAUACAAUGAUCCUAUCUACGUUAAAUUGGCCAAGCUGGAGAUCAUUUUCAGAUUAGCAAACCCGCGAAAUGUCGACCAAGUGCUUGGUGAACUGAAAGAAUAUGCAGCAGAAGUGGAUGUCGAUUUUGUUCGGAAAGCAGUUCGUUCCAUUGGACGGUUAGCUGUCAAGAUCGAGAGUGCAGCUGAACGGUGCAUAUCCGCCUUGCUCGAACUUAUCCAGACCAAAGUAAAUUACGUUGUGCAGGAAGCCAUUGUUGUGAUCAAGGAUAUCUUCCGGAAAUACCCCAACCAAUAUGAGAGCAUCAUUGCCACUCUUUGCGAGAAUUUGGAUAACUUGGAUGAACCAGAAGCGAAGGCAGCAAUGAUUUGGAUUAUUGGACAGUAUGCCGAUCGUAUAGAGAACUCAGACGUACUUUUGGACGAUUUCUUAUACACAUUUUUGGAGGAAACUGUCGAGGUGCAACUUGCUCUGCUUACAGCCACAGUCAAAUUAUUUAUCAAACGUCCGACCGCUGGUCAAGAACUUGUUCCUAAGGUUCUAAAGUGGGCCACUGAAGAAGUAGAUAAUCCAGAUCUGCGUGACAGAGGUUAUAUCUACUGGCGUCUUCUUUCGACAGAUCCUGCUGCUGCAAAGGCUAUUGUUUUAUCAGAAAAGCCGCCAAUUUCGACAGAAAGUGAUAACAUGGAUACUGCAUUCCUAGAUGAACUAUUAUUACACAUUUCUACUUUGGCGUCCAUUUAUCACAAGAGCCCUACCACCUUCAUCCAUCGCUAUAAACCACGUUACUUGAUGCCCUCUGCCGCACUCCAACGAUCGUCUUCACAGGCCUUCAUUGCUCCACAGCUCACGCAACAACAGCAACAACCUAUCCAACCACAACAAACAGUUCAACCGGUAGCACAGCAGCAGCAGCAACCCACUCAACAACAACAACAACAACAGCAACUCAAUCAAAACCCAUUACCUAAUGACCUUGGAUAUAAUAGUUUAGCCGCUAAUAGGUACAAUUAA